CAAAGUGUGAUAAUAUAUUAAAAAAAUGGUGAAACAUUAUAGUAAAAGGGCAUAUGAUAAUCAUGUGUUGUUAUUGGGAAUUCUAUUUGCUAUGGCGGGCUCCGUCUCGGGGGGUUAUCGGGAGGACGAGAGCUGCGUGAAGGAAUGCGGCGUCACCGUCAUUGGACGCCAAGACAUCCUGCUCAAAUGCGACAACACGUCCCUCUUCAACGGAAGCAGCUUCAAGAACGAUUUCCUCUUCGGCACUGCCACGUCAGCUUACCAAAUCGAGGGUUCAGCGCGACGAGGGUUUAACUCAUGGGAUCAUUUCACCCAUUACUAUCCAGAUAAGACAUCCGGGGAUGGAGAUCUAGCCACAGAUUCGUACCAUUUGUAUAAUAACGACGUCGACCUCAUGGUAAACAUGAGCUUAAACGCUUACAGAUUCUCCAUCGCUUGGUCAAGAGUGCUUCCAAAAGGAAAGGGGGAGGUGAAUGAGGAUGGUGUAAAUUACUACCUCAAACUUCUAAAUAGGCUCCGACAGCAACAUAUAACGCCUUUUGUAACGCUCUUUCACUGGGAUGCUCCUCAAGCUCUUAUAGACGAAUAUGGGGGCUUCUUAGACCGUCGUAUAAUUGCGGACUAUAGAGAAUACGCGGAUCUGUGCUUCAGAAGAUUCGGACACUUGGUCAAACACUGGAUAACGUUGAACCAACCGUACACUGUGAGUUACAAAGGGUACGGAACCGCGGCUCACGCGCCUGGCCGAUGUUCGAGAUGGCAAAACUUGAACUGUACGGGUGGAAAUUCCGGUACCGAACCUUACAUCGUUACCCAUCACCAGCUCCUCGCCCAUGCUGCCGCCGUGAAUUUGUACCGAGAAAAAUACAAGCCGAGGCAACAAGGUAUCAUCGGAACCACGCUGAUCGACAGAUGGUUCACUCCGUACAACGAGUCGGAUGAGAACGACGUGAACGCCACGAAGAGAGCUAUCGAUUUCUUCUUCGGAUGGUUUAUGGAGCCGCUGGUUCGUGGGGAUUACCCGCAGAUAAUGAGAGAAUUGGUGGGGGAUAGGUUGCCACAUUUCGAUAUAAGCGAGAUCGGUUCCAUCAAAGGGACCUUCGAUUUCGUCGGAGUCAAUUACUACGUGGCUCAAUACGUCCGAAAUGGCCCCGACCCUGAUCCCGACCGGCCUUGCGUCAUUAGUGACCCACGGGUUAAUCUUACAUUUUUCAGGGGCGGCAGACCCAUCGGUCCAAAGGCGGCUACGUUUUAUUAUUAUCCCGUCGGGUUACGAGAUAUAUUGGAAUACAUAAAAGAUAACUACGGGAAUCCACCGGUCUUCGUAACGGAGAACGGUUAUGAUGACGAAGCGAAUCUCCCCAUCGAAAAAACCCUAAACGAUGUCGGGCGAAUCAGCUACCAUUGCAGCCAUCUCUGUUUCCUUCGAUGCGCUAUUCUGAACGGUUCGAAUGUGAAUGGGUACUUCGCGUGGUCGCUGCUAGACAACUACGAGUUCGUGGAUGGCUAUUCGGUCAGAUUCGGGAUGAACUACGUGAAUUUCAGCAAUGUCGCCGACCGGCGGCCUAAACGCUCGGCCUCUUGGUACACGCAAUUCGUGGAGGGAAAUAAUAUCAAAGGCGACAACAACAGUUUGGUUCAAUCCAUAUAAUGUCGGAAAAAAUUAUCGUUAAGGAAAGUGGUUACGGGCCAACCUUCAUAUAUAUAAUAACGCCCACAUGAUUGUGAUAUCAUUGUAUUGUAUCUAAUUUGAAGCAUACAUGUAUAAGGGUAUGGUUAUGGUUACAUCUUUUGUUUGUUUGCAUCUAUGAAAUAAAAAUAUGGAUCCCAAUAUGAUUUUAA